ACAAAUAGAAACGACGCCGUCCAACGUUUCAUCUCCUUGUUACUGGCCUCUGCUAAACCCUGAGAAGCAGAAAGAAAGAGAUUCAAAAGUCGAAAGCUUCAAUGGCGUGCCUUGUCUCGACGACCCUCUCUCUCCCUCUCUCUGCUUCCCAUAGCUUUGAAAAGGGAACAGCUCCAAGAAGAUUAUCACUUGUGGUCAGACUUUCAAGCCAACCAAUUUCAGAAACAGCUGCAAAGCCUUCCGCCUCCAGCAGUACAAAUAAAGCCAUGUCAACUUCGAAUCGGAGUUGUCAAGAUCAUCUUCGGACACCCUCAAAACUUCUUUUUGAAAUUAUGUCUUGUUAUAGGAAUGUACACUCUUGUAGCCACACGAUCAUAUUUGGUUAUUGGGUUGGACCUGAUAUUGAUGAUGGUUGGGGCUAUGUGGAAGCUUUUGUUAAUCCAAUCACUUGAGUACUUUUCGCUA